AUGGAUGGACGGUAUGAUGGUGACGAUAAAACGAGUAUUGCUGACGGUCAGUUGGGGAUGGUUGAAAUGAUAAUUUUUGAAACCUGCAAAGAAGAUGACCAAGCAGCGGUCAGCAAUGACCAAAUAACGUCAAAUAAUGCUGUAAUGCACUGUCCAAUCAACAGUACACUUUCCUUUAUGCAUCAUCCAAUCUGGUAUUGUGCUAUAUCAAGUUGCAUAUAUCAGUUAUCAUUAAUGCUUGAUUAUAUUCCGUCUAUUGAAUCCAUGGUUACCGUACAGCACUUUUUUGUUGCUUUAAGAAGUGCCUAA